CAUUGUCAACAUCUUUCCUCCUCCUCCUUCUCUUCAAAGUCACGGUCUGAGAAACUCGAGCAAACUUCACCCCAGCACCUUCAGUCUGGGCGAAAUAUGGCUGGACGCGUGAGCAGAAGUUUGCUGAAUUUGUCCAGGGAACUCAUAUUCAGGGACAAAAAGUGUCUGCGUAAAAGUGUUAUAUUUAUCUCACGGUGCCACGCGAGAUCUCUAUCCUGCGCCGUUCAGCCGGACGUCAGCUCGUAUCUCGCGGGAAAGACGUACGCAGAAAUAUACGAGCUGUCAGUUAAAGACCCGGAAACUUUUUGGGGAUCUAUCGCCAAGGAAAGGCUGACAUGGACCAAACAUUUCGACCAUGUGAAGGACUGCGAUCUGUCGAGCGGGAAAAUCAACUGGUCCGGGGGCCAACUGAACGUUUCUGUGAACUGUUUGGAUGUACACGUGGCAGAAGAUCCAAACAGAGUGGCGUUAAUAUGGGAAAGAGAUGAACCUGGAUCAGAAGUAAGGAUCACCUACAGGGAGCUUCUAGAAAUGACCUGUCGCCUUGCCAACACAUUAAAGGGUCAUGGAGUCCAGAGAGGUGAUAGGGUGGCCAUCUACAUGCCCGUGUCUCCUAUGGCAGUGGCGGCCAUGUUGGCCUGUGCCCGUAUCGGUGCUGUUCAUACUGUGGUGUUUGCAGGGUUCAGCUCAGAUGCUCUGGCUGGCAGAAUUCAGGAUGCCCAGUGCAAAUUUGUGAUCACGUGCAACCAAGGGGUGAGGGGUGGACGGUUCUUCGAUCUCAAGUCCACAGUGGAUACAGCAGUGAAGAGCUGUCCGUCUAUACAGCAUGUGUUUGUGGCCCAGAGGACCAACAAUAGUGUGCCAAUGGGCAAACAAGACAUUCCAUUAGAUGAGGUCAUGGCAAGAGAAUCAUCAGUAUGUGCUCCGGAACCCAUGGACAGUGAGGAGAUGUUGUUUAUGCUCUAUACCUCGGGCAGCACGGGUAAACCGAAGGGCAUUGUGCACACGCAGGCUGGUUAUCUGCUUUACGCAUCCCUCACGCAUCAGUAUGUGUUCAACUACACACCAGGAGAUGUGUUCGGCUGUGUCGCCGACAUCGGUUGGAUUACGGGCCACAGUUACGUAGUGUACGGGCCGCUGUGUAACGGAGCCACAUCUGUUCUGUUCGAGAGUACACCUGUGUACCCUGAUCCAGGUCGUUACUGGGAGACUGUUCAGAGGUUACAAAUAAACCAGUUUUAUGGAGCUCCUACUGCCAUUAGAUUACUCCUGAAAUAUGAUGAAAGUUGGGUAAAGAAGUAUGACAGAUCAUCACUGAAGACACUUGGAUCUGUUGGAGAGCCCAUUAAUCACGAAGCAUGGGAAUGGUUCUAUAAUGUUGUCGGAGAAGGACGAUGCCCUCUGGUGGACACAUGGUGGCAGACAGAGACUGGCGGUGUGUGUAUCGCUCCACUCCCAGCUGAACCUGGAGCAGAGAUCCGACCUUCCAUGGCUAUGAGACCCUUUUUUGGCAUUCAACCGACACUGAUGGGAGACAAGGGACAGAUAAUAACAGGAAAUGAUGUCAAUGGAGCUCUGUGCAUUAGCCAACCAUGGCCUGGAAUGGCCAGAACCAUAUUUGGAGACCACAAGAGAUUCGCAGAGGCAUAUUUUAAACCAUUUCCAGGUCAUUAUUUUACUGGUGACGGGGCUCAUCGAACAGAAGAUGGUUACUACCAGAUCACAGGACGGAUGGAUGAUGUUAUUAAUAUCAGUGGGCAUCGGCUGGGCACCGCUGAGAUCGAGAACUCGCUGGAUGAACAUCCAGAUGUCCCUGAGACUGCAGUGAUUGGAAUCUCUCAUGAAAUCAAAGGAGAAGUUCCAUUUGCAUUUGUGGUUCUGAAAGAAACCGCAACUGAGAACCAACAGGCUGUUGUGGACCAGCUGAGACACCUAGUGGCUUCUAAAAUUGCCAAAUAUGCCGUUCCUGAGCACUUUCUGGUUGUGAAACGUCUACCUAAAACACGGUCUGGAAAAAUAAUGAGGAGAAUUUUACGCAAGAUCGCCAUGAAUGACACAAGCAACCUUGGAGAUGUGUCAACGCUGGACGACCCUUCGGUUGUUCAAGAGAUUGUUGAGGCCCACAAGCACUACAGAAGUCACGCAACUAACAAGUGAAAAAUGAACUGUUGGGACAAUUCGUUCUGGUCAUGUGAAAUAAACUCAGUAUUACAUCACCUGGUGGAAAUUAAAUUCAAGAGAUGUUAAGUUCAAGGAUCUAUGAAUACGUAACUGUGAUCACAGUGAUAUUUUUAAUAGCAUAAAGUGUUCAAACGAUAAACCUUACACGUGAAAUCCAUCUGAAAUACAAGUUGGUCCUUUUGUCUGACAAUGUUUUAAGAUACCAAGUGGGUUUGUUCAGUUUGCACACACAUCUUUGGAAUCAUGAAGCAUUUUGCAGAGUGUUGUUUUUGUAUCACGAGAUAGAGUGACGUGACUGUUGAAAUUUACUCUGAAGCAUCAGCUUUUGUAAGAGAUGAUUUUAUUACACACUACUGAUUUUGGAUGUGAUCUGGCAAAUUCACCUCUCUGUCUGAAUCUUGUAAGCCUCUUACGUUUUAAGCCUUUACUUUCUAAUGUUUGACAAAUGUCAUUGACUGUGAUACAUUUUCAAUCAGAACUAAAAUUUAUGAUAAAUCACGUUUUAUAAAACAAAUGUCUAAAAGCAUUCCAACUUAUGUUCAGUAUUUCAGAUGUUCCUCAUGAAAACAAACCAUUUAUUUUGAGCAUUAAAAUGUUUUUUU